GGUAACCACUUACAACUGGAUCAGAGAGAUGGGCAUGUGUACCUAGCAUGAUCUAGCAUGUGUCCAGUGCAUAGCAACAAUGCCACGUGCAGAAAGAGGACAAUACUCGCGAGACUUUGGUGAUGGUACGAGAUCCAGGCUCGGGAUGCGGGAUUUUUUAGGUGGCUAGUAUCUAGUAUCAGAACCCGGAAUUUGUUGUCUUGUUUGACUGCCAGCAGUUGCUCAAGUCGACCAGUUCCAUGGCGAGUAUCUCAAAGCGAAGGAGGAAAACAACGUUGGGAUUCUUUGUGCCAGGAACAAAAGUCACCAUUUAUGAUGACAAUGGCAGGAAGAGGACUCACUGGGUGCAGGUGAAUCCUGGAGGCACAUCCACGGCUAGACCUACUACUAGUACUAGUACUACAUCUACAGCAACAGACCAACACUUAGCCCAGUCUUCUGAGGCUUCUGAGAUACCAGUAGAACCAGCAUCCUACACCCAAAUCAAGGAAGCAUUGAAAGAGGCAUGGGCAGAGAAAAGAGACGACCUCAUUAAGACAGCUAUUCAGUCAGCUGUACCACCAACUUCUAUGUGCUAUCUGUGUGAAGAGGAAGUUCUCACAGCCCCACUGAUCUUUUGCAAGGAUUGCAGUCCACUUGGAGUUUUCUGUUUUAGAUGCUUUGAGAAGAUUCAUAAGAGUCCCUCACUCCACUGUGCUGAGGAGUGGAAGGAUGGCUGUUUUCAGCCGUAUGUCUACAAUAGACCUCUAGUGCUGCCUCACCAGAAGAACUGCCACAGUUCAAGCUACAAACCUCUUAGGGUCUUUGAUCAAAAUGGCCGCCUACAACACUUAGAUGUUGCAGUGUGCAGAUGUGGAUAUGAAACUGAAUUGCAAACAUUGCUGAAGUUGGGACUGUGGGGAGCAACACCCACAAAUCCAAAGACAGCUUUUUCUGUUUCACUCCUGGAAUGGUUGGUCUGGCUGUGCAGAGAGGCCCAGGUGUCAACAUUAGCAUUCUGCAAGGCAGUUAGAUGGAAAAAUGAUUUGACACUGAAUGAGAUGAAUUCUCUCCAUCGGGCCCUUACUGGAGAAUGUAUUGCCGAAUUUCGCCACUUUCAGCACAGGCUGGAAAGCAUGAAGGACUUGAGUCCUUCACUUGAUGGUGGAAUUAGCUGUCCUGCUUGUCCCAAGAAUGAUGGGGAACAGAUCAUUGCAAUUGAUGCAAAUUUUGGUCUGGUCAGAAAGGCAAGCUCUGGUACAAGUUCUGCACCCCCCCUGCAUGGACAGUCCAUGUUCCUGGAAGAUGAAAAACUGAAAGAGUUCCUUGCUGACUACUAUGAUGAAGAGAAGCCAUCUGAGGACUGUAGCCACUUUAAAGCUGGACAGUGCCUACGCUCUAAGGCACAGCACCAAAAACUGGAUGUCACUGGCGUCUUUGGGAGUGUUUGUAGGCAUAACAUCCCACUGAAGUUUCUGAAUAUGUUCCAUGGAGAACGCUUUGGAUAUCCAGUCUUCCUAAUCAGGAACCUGCUCAGAGAUGCCAAGCUGCGGAAUAUCAAACUGAAAAUCAUCUAUGAUGUUGCAUGUUCCCUAAAAGCACACCUUAGAAAGAGUAAAGACAAGGAAAUCAAAGAGAUGCUGCCACAGCUGAGUCUGGCUGUGGAUGUAUUUCACUCAUAUGGUCAUACACCUCUAUGCCAGGUCCAAUACAACACCAGAAGACUCGAGGGCUAUGGUCUCACUGAUGGGGAGGGAGUCGAAUCUUUGUGGUCAUACCUGCGCAGGUUUGCUAGGAUCACUAAAGAGAUGACCCCAGCUCACAGGUUCGAGAAGUUGAGCGAUGCACUGGUCCAUUUUGCUAUGCGGAAAGCCAUAGACAUUGAGGUUACUCUUAAAGAUAAGAUGAGGAACACAAAGAUGACAGAAACGAUUGCAGAUGAAAAUCUCAAAGAAGCCAUGAGCCAUGCAGGAGUUCCUGUUUCACUGGAUGACAUCAAGAGGUGGCAGGAAAUGGAAACUGAAUUGAUGAAGAAGAAGAAACAACCAUCAACAUCAACCUGUGCCAAAUGGAUGAAGGAAUAUGCAGGCAAGUUGGUGAGACAUCAUAAAUUGGGGAAGAAAAUCCAAGAGUGCCAAGAUGACUCUGCUCUCCAAGUUCACCAUUCAGCUUUCCUAAAGUUGGAAUCCACCCUGAAGGGUAUUGAAGGAGAACACGGCAUUACAAGAUGGCAGCAGAGUAGCCCAGAAUUCAAGGCAGCACUGAAAGACCUCGACAUUGAGGAAAGAAAGCAACGCCUCUCAACACUACAAAGUGUGUCUUGCCAGAGAUCAUUUUUGAUCUCACUUAAAGGACGUUACCCAGAUGGCCAAGAGAUUGCAUUGAAGCUUUCCAAGCAGAUAAGAUCUACAAACAACAAGCUGUCAAAAGCAAUUCAAGCGUACAACACAAUACCCUGGUCUCCACAAACUGGAGAGUUUCCACCAAGACUCAACUUCUCUCAGGCCACUGACCCCACGUGGGCUACUUACCAGAUGCUGGGCCCAUCCAUGAGUGAACCAGGACUGCCCUACAGCAUCAAAAGAAAGGCCAUCGAUGCUGUGAGUAUGAAGGAAAGGGCAGCUGAGGAGAGACAGAUGAUAAAGGAAGAAAUGGUUAGGGUCUGGCGCCAUUUCCAAGGGGAAUAUGACUGCACUGAGAAAGCUGUUAGGCACUGUCAGCAGAACGACAGUAUGAAAGCAGAGCAGGCUAUGCUAUUGCAACAUGUGAUUAGACUAGAGAAGAGACUGUCCAGAAUGCAUGGCGUCUUUAAGCAGUUCAUAGUUCUACCUGACCCUCCUUCAUCUCACAUACCCAUGUACUCUGAUCUAGUCUUAGACUCCUCUGAAGCUGAAUACAUCAGUGUUGAUGAUUAUGAAGAAUACUUCAGUGAAGAAGAAGAGGAGGAGGGGGAGGAGGAGGAAGGGGAAAUUUAAAUUUGGCAAAAACUUCACAAACGCUAUUGUCAAGUAAUUCUUUUACAUGAUGUAACAGAUUUUUCUUUUGGUUGUAUGUAAGUAUAUGUUUAUUUGCAGAAGCCUUAACCAGUAUUUGACUAAGCAAACCAAUAUGCUGCAUUUGCAUUUCUAUAAUAAUUACACAUCUUGUCUUGCAUGACCCUCAGUAAACUUUUCUGAAAAUUAAAACUGGAAUGGCACUAAAGAGCCAGAAGGCAUGCUUGAGUUAUGAGUUAUGUAUGCCUCAUGAUUACAGUACCCCCAUUAGUGGAGGAGUUUGUUUUCAUCAGUGCUGUUUCAGUCUAUGCUGUACUGUAUCUCAUUAGAAUUAUUGGUGUGGAUAAUCCUAAUUUUCAGGAAAUUUGUUGUAGCAUAUACUAGUUAGUAGUAGUACUCUGUAAGGUUUCAGCAGCAUACCAAUAGGCAGUUUUUCUUAUUAAGACAGAUACAUAUUAGUGUUGUUGAGAUCUCUUAAAGCAUGUGUACAUAUCCUUUGAUUCCUAUGUUGUUAGAUAUUAAGCAAAGAAAGUGCUAUAUAGUCUUACUGUAUUUAUGACUUCCACUGCAUACCAUACCAUAUGUUUCUUUGGACAGGUGCGAAGCAGGAGAUGGUGCUGUUUAUGCAAGUUACACUGGUCUAGAAUGUUCAGACCACUGGCUUUAGUUGUUCACACUAAACAUCAUGUGUUUGUAGAAAAAAAAGAUAAAAUAGUCAGAAAUUGGGUGUCCUAUAAUAAGUGAGUUUUCUCUUCUUUUUUUUUUGUUCACUUCUGAGUGCCACAUGUUUAGGAAUAAGUCAUAACAAGUGUGAUAUUUUGUGUAAUGUUUUGUGUUCUGCUGCGAUAUGGGUAAUGUUGUAAAUAUGCUCACCCAACUGGAAUACCAUAUACAUAUAUAUAUGCUAUUUUAAAACAGUUAAAACUGAACAACACCUGUUCAUUGAAUGAUUUCACACUGCCCUCUUUUUGUCAGAAAAGCUAAAUUCGGCUAAAUAGCAAAUUUCAGCCCCAAAAUGAGACCAACUUCAAACCAACUUUAUUGGGUGCAAAUUAAGUUCCUGACAUCACGCAUGCCCUCGUUUUGUCAAAAAAGCUAAAUUUGGUCCUUUGAACCAAAAAUAGCAGAUUUCAACCCAAAAAUGAGAUGUCGACAAACGGUGUCCGAUUUCCUUCGAACCAACUUUAUUGGGUGCGAAAUAAUUUCCUGACAUCACGCAUGCCCUCGUUUUGUCAAAAAAGCUAAAUUUGGUCCUUUGAACCAAAAAUAGCAGAUUUCAACCCAAAAAUGAGAUGUCGACAAACGGUGUCCGAUUUCCUUUGAACCAACUUUAUUGGGUGCGAAAUAAUUUCCUGACAUCACGCAUGCCCUCGUUUUGUCAAAAAAGCUAAAUUUGGCCCUUUGAACCAAAAAUAGCAGAUUUCAACCCAAAAAUGAGAUGUCGACAAACGGUGUCCGAUUUCCUUCAAUCCAACUUUAUUGGGUGCGAAAUAAUUUCCUGACAUCACGCAUGCCCUCGUUUUGUCAAAAAAGCUAAAUUUGGCCCUUUGAACCAAAAAUAGCAGAUUUCAACCCAAAAAUGAGAUGUCGACAAACGGUGUCCGAUUUCCUUCAAACCAACUUUAUUGGGUGCGAAAUAAUUUCCUGACAUCACGCAUGCCCUCGUUUUGUCAAAAAAGCUAAAUUUGGUCCUUUGAACCAAAAAUAGCAAAUUUCAACCCAAAAAUGAUAUGUCGACAAACGGUGUCCGAUUUCCUUGAAACCAACUUUAUUGGGUGCGAAAUAAUUCCCUGACAUCACGUAUGCCCUCGUUUUGUCAAAAAAGCUAAAUUUGGCCCUUUGGACCAAAAACAGCAAAUUUCACCCCGAAAAUGAGAUGUUGCAUACGAUGUCCGAUGAAAGAUACAGAUGUAUGUGAAAUCACAGCUAUAUUUGUAUUGAAAUUGUAGUAGAAAUUUGUAAGUUCAAUUUAGAAAUUAGACAUUUCUCUUAUAUAAUAGUAGUACAAACAAAUGUAUCAUUAAGGUGAGCUAGUUAGCAGCAGUUUUUGCAUCUUGUACACUGUGAACUACUGUAUGUACAGUCAGUAUCCCAGUCUUUUACAGUGUUGUUUUUAACCCAUAUACACAUACAUAUAGCUGAUGAGGAUAACAAUAUAGAUGAAUAAACAGAAACACAAUCAGGAUCACAUCCUGUUGUAAAAGGA